AUGAUUAGAUUGUUAUUUUACUUACAUUUAGUGGUAAAUGUCUAUUCAAACCAUACUUACAUUCAUAAUAAUAAUAAUAAUAAUAAUAAUAAUGAUAAUAAUAAUAAUAAUAGCAGCUAUGAUGUAAUCGACCAGCAUACAAAUCACACUACUAAUGAUAAUGAUCAUGAUAAUGAUGAUGAUUUAUUAUGGUUACAAUGGAAAAGUUUACAUCAUAAAAAUUAUUCUACUCAUAAAGAGUAUAAUGAACACCGUGAAAAUUGGUUGUAUAAUUUACAUUCUAUUAAACAUCAUAAUCAAAUGCAUGAUAAAGGUUUAGAAUUAUAUACAACAGGAUUGAAUCAAUUCUCUGAUUUAAAUUGGAGUCAUAUAAGCACAAUGUAUUUAACGAAUUUAAGUCAAUAUUUAAAUAGACAUAAACAAAAAAGUCAAAUACUAUUGAAACAAUCUUUAAAUGAAACAAUAUUAAAGAUAAUACCAAAUUCAUGGGAUUGGAGAAAAGUAGGUGUUGUAAGUAAAGUUAAAGUACAGGGUAAAUGUGGUGCUUGUUGGGCGUUUUCAGCUGCUGGAGCAUUAGAGGGACAGUUAAAAAAUAGGACUGGUACAUUUGUUGAAUUAUCACCACAACAAUUGAUUGACUGUAGCCAUUCCUUUGGUAAUCACGGCUGUUUAGGCGGUGAUAUGAAUAAUGCAUUUCGAUAUGUUGAAAAAGAUGGAAUACAAUCAGAGGAAAGUUAUCCUUAUUUGACCAAAGAAGGUAAAUGUCAACAUAUUAAAUCAUCAUCAUUAACCUACUCUAAAUCAAUUAUAGAGAUUAAACUCAAUGAUGAAGAACAGUUGAAAUAUGUUUUAUAUGAACAUGGACCAGUUUCAGCUGGCAUAAACGUAGAGCAACAAUUUAUGAGAUACAAGAACGGCAUAUAUCAAUCCCAGUCUUGUUCGUCUACAGAAGUUAAUCAUGCAGUUCUGAUUGUUGGAUAUGGAGAAGAAAAUGGUGUACAAUACUGGAUUAUUAAAAAUAGUUGGGGGACAUCAUGGGGAGAAGAUGGCUAUGUAAGAAUACGUCGUAAUUAUAAUAACAUGUGUGGCAUAGCAACUAUGGCAAGUGUUCCGAAACUAUAG